AUGGCUCACCUAAAGGAAUACCAAGUUAUUGGUCGUAACCUACCAACUGAAUCCGUUCCGGAACCAAAGUUGUUCAGAAUGAGAAUCUUUGCUCCAAACAACGUUGUUGCCAAGUCUAGAUACUGGUACUUUUUGCAGAAGUUGCACAAGGUCAAGAAGGCUUCCGGUGAAGUUGUCUCCAUCAACCAGAUCCACGAGGCUCACCCAACCAAGGUCAAGAACUUCGGUGUCUGGGUCAGAUACGACUCCAGAUCUGGUACCCACAACAUGUACAAGGAAGUCAGAGACGUCUCCAGAGUCGCCGCCGUCGAGACCCUAUACUCCGACAUGGCUGCCAGACACAGAGCCAGAUUUAGAUCGAUCCACAUCCUAAAGGUCGCCGAGAUCGAAAAGACCGCCGACGUCAAGAGACCUUACGUCAAGCAAUUCUUGACCAAGGACUUGAAGUUCCCAUUGCCUCACAGAGUCCAGAAGUCCACCAAGACCUUCUCUUACCAGAAGCCAACCACUUUCUACUAA